AUGAGCUUUGAUGCCGGGCUCGUGAGAAGGGUCCAAAGGCCGCGCAAGGUUGGACAAGAAACCGAUGAGGAGAAGGCUAACCGGUUGUGGGCACAGGAGGCCGAAACGAAUGCGCAGAAGCUCUGUAAUCAUCUCGAGGCGAAUGCUUUCCAAGAAUUUGGUCUCGGGACUGUCGAGCCGGGUGGCCCGCUUGAGGAAUACAAGGAGCUCCUGAGCACAGGCCUUCAAACGCAGGACAUGCCUCAUCCUCUGGUGUGGGACCAGAGCUUGCUCUUGAAGCAGAGCGGCCUCAACACAAGCCCACGUUCAUGGCAGAACGUUUACAAGGAAUGCGCUGAAGCAACCAAAUGCGGGGUGCUCAUUCUUGCAGGCGAGCCGCAAUACUUUCUGAAGUGGGUGUCCUCGGCUGCCUGUCAAGACGAAGUCAAGCUCGUCGACGACCCAAGCCGUUUCGAGGCCGUGGCCAGGAUGGAGCAAGUGGACAGUCAGAAGGUGGAAAACAGCCUCAGCCAGUUUGUUGAGGAGAUCCUUGCCGAAAGCGAUGGUGCUUUCAUGAAGAUGAUCGUCCUGGAGUGCACGGAGUUACCCCAUUACGCCGCCAGACUGCGCCGAGUCAGUGGCUUGCCCGUUUUGGAUCUCGUUACAUGUGCCAACUUUUUUGCCAAGGUAUUGGUAGGGAGCUUUUGA